AUGACUACGUUUCUGAAUAAGCAAAAAUAUUUUGUCAUUUUUGUUGUAUUAAUUACUUACCAUAUUUUCCUUCCAACACAAGCUAGAAAGAUAAAACCAUCGUUUGAAGGACAAGUAAAAAAUCUCAAACCUACCAUCCAAGCAUUUAAAACCAAUGUUAAUGCUCCUUCUCCCACAUUUGAGAGCAAAUUUGAUACCUCCUUGAUGCCAUACAAAAUUGUUGCAAGUAUCGGAGAUUCAAAUGGAGACACGGAUGCUUUCCGGCCCACAACACCGGGAAGUAGUCCUGGUGUUGGUCACAGAAAAUUUGGAGAAGAUAAAGAUAUGAAGGUAGUUGAGAGUCCAAAUAUUUAA